CCCACACGACCCCAAGCUCUACGUUGAGCUUUUUUUCUUGUCUAGCUGCUCUAGGAAAGUUUACUUUUGUAUUAGCCAUGGCUGAGUUUCACUCCCAACAAUACAACUGUGGAGUCAAGGCCUCUGCAAAGAGAAAGGGGCAUGGCUUCUCCACCAAGUGUGCUUCCUUGGUUAAGCAGCAACGUGCUCGACUCUACAUCCUGCGCCGCUGUGCCACUAUGCUCCUUUGCUGGUACAUUCAUGGUGAUGACUAGCAAGCCACAUCCUCAAAUUGUGUUUUCUUGAUCAGUCCCAUCUUCACCAGCAAUGAAUUCUAUACUCCCCAUUAAUUAGGCUUCAUCAAACAUGCUAACCCUGUUUGGUUCUAUGGGCUACGGUGCUGUAUGUCUACAAUUUUCUCCUAGUUUCCUUUUGUGUUUUUGACCUGAUUGGAGCAAUCCCAUUGGGUUUGAGGGGAACAGGAGAAGUUUAUGGCCGCACUCUUUGCUUUUUCACCAAGCUGAUUUCAAGCAUGAUCUUGGUGGAGUUGGUAUAUGACUCUUAUGUAAUAACAAAAGUUGUUUGCCUGUUGCUAUUAAGGUUAAGUGUAAACUUUGUAUUAGGCCUUUUUAAAGUAUAUCACUUUUUCUUUUUCCUGCACUUACCCAACCCUCACAAUUCAUUUUGGGUAAUUGGAGAAGUGCCAUAAAUUAAGCAAUAGCCCUGAAGAAAGAAUGGAGGAAACACUUACAGACUCAC